UCAAAAAUGAUUUUCUCAGAAAUGCACCCAAUUCUUGGAGCCAUAGUUACAGGUGCCUUUGUGUAUUUUAUUGGUAUUCUAAUAGCCCUUUACCGUUAUCUCCUCGGAGGUAAAUGCCUAAAGUACGAAGGAAAAGCACGUUUUCAUCACUGGAGGGAGUACAGGGCUCGGACUCUCUCUUGCUACUAUGCUCUAUGCCAAAGGUGCUAAGGUUACCAUUGUCGCUAGAACUGAGGCUAAGCUUAAAAAAGCUGCCGAAACUAUCUCUAAAGAAGGAAAAGGUCAAGUUCAAUACUUCUGAUUUGACUUAUCAAAUCCUGACGUAAACAAAGUAGAAGAGCUCUUUACCCAAGCUGAAGAUAAAUUUGGAAAUGUAGAGUACUUGUUCUGCAACGCAGGGUCAUCACUUCCAACAAUGUUUUUAGAAGCUGAUUUGGACUACUAUGAAAGCCAGAUGAAGACUAAUUAUUUGAACUAUGUCAAAACUUCACAAACUAUGGCUAAGAGAAUGGCACAAAGAAGGUCAGGCACUAUUGUAUAUGUAUCUUCUAUCCUUGGAGCUUUGACUUGUGUAGGAUACUCAGCUUAUUCCCCAUCAAAGCAUGCUAUUAAGGCUCUUGCUGAUGUGGUGAGAAUCGAGCUGGCUCCUUAUAAUGUCAAUGUUCAUCUCUUCUUACCUGGCUCAAUUCUUACUCCCGGAUAUUAUGAAGAAAAUAAGAUGAAGCCUGAAGUUUCAAAAAGAGUUGAAGGAACUGCUGACUUUUUGGAACCAGACAAAUGAGCUCAUAUUUUACUCAAUGGAAUGGAAAGAGGAAAUUACUUGAUAACCACUGAGAUGCUAUUUGAAUUGACUAAUCCCGCUUCUAUUGGGUCAUGAGACCGUUCUAAUGUCCUUCUGAACCUAGCCCUUGCUCCACUUAGUGUGUUGACAAAUUAUUUUAUUAACUAUGUAAAUCAUUCAGAGAUGGCUAAAGAGAAGCUUAAAAAGGAAUAG